AUGGAGAAGGAGCGAAUCAGGAAGCGGCCCCGGCUCGCUUGGGACGUGGGGCCAUCUGAAUCAGAGCAACGGAAUCCUGUUGUGGCUGGAAACGGUGGCGUUCCUCCUAGGCAUGCGUCGCCCCCGAAAAGAGACGACGAUCGCGAAGGCCAUUACGUUUAUAAUCUCGGCGAGAAUCUCACUCCAAGAUAUAAAAUACUGAGCAAGAUGGGUGAAGGCACUUUUGGGCGGGUUUUGGAAUGUUGGGACCGUCAAACCAGAGAGUAUGUGGCCGUCAAGGUAGUUCGAAGCAUACGCAAGUAUCGGGAAGCUGCUAUGGUGGAAGUUGAUAUUCUUCAGCAUAUCGCCAAGAAUGAAAAUGCCAGCUCUCGCUGCGUGCAGAUUCGGAAUUGGUUUGAUUACCGCAAUCAUGUCUGUAUUGUAUUUGAGAAGCUUGGGCCAAGUUUAUUUGAUUUUCUAAAGAGAAAUAGAUACUGCCCAUUCCCUGUGGAUCUUGUUCGGGAAUUUGGACGCCAGCUUUUGGAAUCUGUAGCAUAUAUGCAUGAUUUACGCUUAAUUCAUACCGACUUGAAGCCAGAAAAUAUACUUCUUGUGUCCCCUGAAUAUAUACAGCUUCCAGGAUGCAAGAGGAGUUCUUCAGAUGAAACGCACUUCAGGUGCUUGCCAAAGUCAAGUGCCAUUAAGCUUAUUGAUUUUGGUAGUACGACAUUUGAUAAUCAGAAUCAUAGCUCCAUCGUUUCUACAAGACAUUACAGAGCCCCUGAGGUUAUUCUAGGCCUUGGCUGGACCUAUCCAUGUGAUUUAUGGAGUGUCGGUUGUAUACUUGUUGAGUUAUGCUCGGGUUCAGCACUAUUCCAGACUCAUGAGAAUUUAGAACACUUAGCAAUGAUGGAGAGGGUAUUGGGACCUCUUCCGAAGCACAUGAUUCAGAAGGCCGACCGAGGAGCUGAAAAAUAUUUCAGGAAAGGAUCAAGACUGAAUUGGCCUGAAGGUGCAGAUUCCAGAGAGAGUAUUAGAGCUGUGAGGAAGCUUGAUCGACUAAAGGAUAUAAUAUCUCAGCAUGCAGGCAGCUCAAGUGCCUCUUUGAUUGAUUUGUUGUACAGUUUAUUAGAGUAUGAACCAUCUAAACGACUAACUGCCCGAGAAGCUCUUGAUCACCCCUUCUUCAAGAACCCGACUUAA